AUUUAUUAUAUUAACAAAAGGCGAUGUAACAUUUUUAUUUAUUUUUGUUUUUCCACUAUGCGUUUUUGAAGCGCAGCAUCGAUUUGUUAGCUGCGCACGUUUAACGCGUCCUUGAGCGCUACAAAUACACAGGCACAAGCGCUCGUGUAAGCAUGGCGGACCAGGAAGGUAGACCUAACGCUGGAAAGGAAUUUGCCAGGAGAAUAGAUCCUACUAACGACAGUCUGACACGAGAACAGCUGCAGUUUAUCCGGCAGGCGGAACUUGCUCAGUGGAAGAAGAGGAGCCAAAAACUACGCACCCGAAAUGUCAUAACCGGACUCGCCAUUGGAGCCCUAGUGAUGGGCAUCUACGGCUAUACAUUCUACUCUGUGUCUCAAGAAAAGAUCAUGGACGAGAUAGACGAAGAAGCAAAAACGGCUGCCAGGAUGCGGAACUCAAAGACAGGAGCGAACUAACUAUAAUUCCAAUGCGGAUGCCAAACAACGUUGUGUUGGUGGUCCGUUCGCGAAUGGCUCCCAGGUCUCAUCUUUAAGUGAACUACAUGAGAGAAUAAGGGACUGAAAUAAUUCCAUACUGUUUUGGAGAUGUGUAGACACUUGUCCCAGUACUCCCAUGAUAAAAAAUGUACUAUUGUAAGGAAAUCUAAACCAGUUGUGUAAAUAAUUUGGCUACCGUUCCUUGGCCACAGACUCCAGUACGGAGUAGACUCACCGGUGGUUUCUUCAUGAAGAUUUAUACAAGAAAGUCACAGCCAGGAGGAACGAUGUCAUGACGGAAAAUUAGUCAAUAAUAGUAUCAUUGUACCACAAGAGGACACCACUAAACCUUAUUCUCCAUGGAAAGUGAGCAAUCUCUGCAACACGGCCUCAGCACUGCACUGCACAGACCUUUGGCCAUAUAACAACGGAAAAACAAAUAAUAACCUUCAUGAAAUGAUUAAAUGAUAAAUAAUAAUAAUAAUAACCAAGCUGUAAAUUUUUUUUUGCUUCUCCCAACGUAAAUAAAUGUCAUAAAUAAAUCUGCCAUAUUCUACAAAACGCA